AUGGGGAAGUCCGAGCUGCCGCUGCCGCCCCUCUCGGGCUUCCCCUCGCUGGGCGACGGAAGCAGCAGCCCAGUGGCCCCCCCAGUGCCCGCAGGGGCCUGGGGUUUGCGUGCUGCAGCAGCAAAGAUAGCAGCAGCAAGGGGGGCCCCCAAGGAUUCGGAGGGGGCCCCCGCUGCUUCCCCAGCAGCAGCAGCAGGAGCUGCUGCUGCUGCUGUAGAGACCCUUAAACCCGCAGAGGGCGCCUCCCAGGACCCUCAGCCCCCGCCUCCCGCGCCUCCCUCCUCUCCCAAGCCCCCUGAAGAGGCCUCACCAACAGCAGCAGCAACAGCAGCAGCAGUAGCAGUAGCAGCAGCAUCAGCAGCACCUGCUGCUGCUGCAGCAGAUGCGGGUCCCGCUGAAUCCUCCGCCUCUGCUGCCGAGUCCUCCGCAAGGGAAGACAGCAGAACCCCCGCAGCUCCGGCCUCCCCCACGCCGACGAGCAGCAGCAGCAGCAACAGCAGCAGCAGCAACAGCAGCAGCAACAGCAGCAGCAGCAACAGCAGCAGCAGCAGCGGGGACCAGCCCGCGUCGCCGCUGCCGCCGUCGGCCUGGUGCCCAGAGCUGCCGCCGAGCACCCCCAGCAGCAGCGACGCCCCCAGCAGCAGCAGCGACGCCCCCAGCAGCAGCAGCGACGCCCCCAGCAGCAGCAGCGACGCCCCCGGCAGCAGCAGCGACGCCCCCAGCAGCAGCAGCACGCCCAGCAGCAGCAGCAGCAGCAGCGAAGCCUCGUUGCGGCACUUUCUCUCGCCGCUGUCGCGGGAGCAGCUGCUGGACCUGCUGUCGUGGGCUGCGCUGCGGGACGGCGCGGUGUACAGACACUGCGCGGACCGGGUGCACGCGUCGCCGGCGUCGCGGCGGCUGAUGGUGCGAAACGUUCAUUUUUGCACUUCUGACGAGCGUUUUUUGGCGUUUUUUCGCACUUUUGGUUGCGUUGCAGACGCGUUAAUAGUUCGGGAGCGAGACGGGCAGAGCAGGGGCUACGGCUUCGUGACUUUCGCGUUUCCGGAGGGGGUGUCGCGGUGCUUCGUGGCGUGCCCGCUCACGCUCGACGGCCGCCAGCUGCAGGUGAAGCUCGCGGCCGACCUCUUCGCCGCGAAGGACCAGACCAAGCUCUUCGUGCGCAACCUCCACGACCAAACCACUUCCGAAACCUUAAGAAGAGUUUUUGGAGUCUUCGGAGCUCUUCAGGAGUGCGUGGUGGUGCGGGACGCAGAGGGCCGCAGCCGCGGCUUCGGCUUUCUGAACUUCUCCACGCCCAUGGAGGCCUUCAAGGCCGUGCAGAUGAGCGAGCGCAUCAUCGACGGCCGCAUGGUCUUC